UUUUUUUUUUUUAAUUUUCAAACUCAUGUAAUGCUUUGAACACAAAGACGACUGCACGACAACUUCUUUAACAUUUUUAAGACGGCACCGACAUAUCAAACAACUGAUAUACACAAUUUCGUUGUUGCCAUACUAAAACCUUUCACAUCAAUGAAAAUUAUAUAUUUCGUUCAAAGUGAAGUUUUUUUGUGCAAAAAAUGAGUAAGUUGGUCCAUUCAUUUGUUUUAAGUUAUCAAUUGUUAUUACAAAUGAUAUAUCAAAGCUAUUUUGGAAUAAUUUUUCAUUUCACAUAUUAGUGGCAUCACUACAGCCGUUGUCGUUGGCCGUGAAGUCGUACUGUUGUCUAAAUAAUUGUGCCUAUAAGAACGUGUAUAUUUUAAUAUUUGACAGAUACUGCCUGUCGCUUGUCGUCUAUGUGUUCAGAAUAAGAAUACACGCUAUGCUGCAGUAUCAUGUCCAAUUGACGUUUGCGGAAAUCAUUUUGUAUGCUCUGAAAAAAGAAACUGCAACUCUGCCGAAUAAUUAAAGCUCAUCAAGUUGAAAUAAAAGAACACACCUGGUUGAACCAAUUACUUUAAAUAUCUGUAGAAAGGAGGAAGAAAAUAUUGGAAAAAUCUACCGAAAUGUGUAAGAAAAAUUAUUGUGUAGUUAAAUGCUUCAACUGCGAGAAGAGCGGGCAUAUUGAUUUUAAUUGGUCUAAUAAUCCAGCUGAACGCAAACGCAAAACUAAAGAAGAUCAAUCAAAUGUCAAAUGCAACCAAUCGUAAAACUAAAGCGAACCGGCCAAAAAGAGCACUGGCUGGAAUCCGCAAGAGAAUGCCCUGUAAUAUCCAUUUCACAAAUAUGGUUGUGUUACACAAUUUUAAAGUACUAAAUAUGGUCAACGAAGUUAUAAUUGGAGAAGACUUUCUAGCAAAACAAGGAAUUAAAAUCACCAUAAAAUAAGAUUAUGACUUAUAUUAAUAUAAAAAUGCCAGUUAUGUUCGGAUAUGAUAACAAUAACCCGAUAGCCGAGGAAUAAUAACAGAACAAAUAUAGAUGGAGACUAUGGGACAAACAACUUGUGAUUUGUUGAGGCUGCAGAAAAGUCUACAUCAAACUUAUAGGCGAAAUCCUGGCUAUAAAAAGACAACACAAACGUGUUCGGGUAAGAGUACUUAAUGAGUUCAAGUCACCAAACUUAACAAAAGAGAUUUAUUAGGAUAGUGUCAGGAGACCGUAAUAAAAUGCGAAACCCAUCUUGAGGGAAAUUCUUUUGAUGAAAACGACACCUCGAUCGAAAUUAACACAUGGACCGAGGAACUAAAGGCAGAUCAUUAAAAUAAGGCGAAUCAACUCCUGCUCAAACUAGGAAGAACCGAGGUUGUGAAACAUUUUAUUAAUACAGGUGAUACAAGACCAAUCCUACAGGUUCCUCGUAGCGUCCACUAGCUAAACCUGAAGUUGAAAACCAUACCAUACGCGAAAUGAGUGAAAGCGGCGUAAUCGAACGAUUCGUGAGUCCAUGAAACUCACCUGUAGUGCUGGUGGAGAAGAAAGAUGGCAACAGGAGGUUCUGUGUGGAUUAUUAUUAUUAUUAUGAAGAAGUUAUUCACUACCUAGAAUCGAUGACAUUCUGGACUCGUUUUCCAGCAUUAAAUGGUUUUCAACACUUGAUUUGAAAAGUGCUUUUUGACAAGUUGAGGUAAACAAAGAAGACAAGAAAAGACGGCCUUAACCGUAAGAGAUGGUCUAUGGCAAUUUACCGAAACACCCUUCGGAUUGGUUCACCGUUGAUAGACUUGAGGACCAGGUAUUAAAAGGAUUGCACUUGAAGACCCUUUUGGUGUACCUCCUUAUCGUCGUGUUGGGUAAAAGAUUCGAUGAACACCUUAAAAAGCUGAACCAGGUUUUCCAACUGAUAGGAACACUUAGGACACAAAAGGAAAACGAAGGGCAUUUGCCCAUGUAAAGAUAGAGGCAGGAAAGAUUGGCCCACUCUUCAAAAUUUACAUGGAUUGUGGAGUAUUCUUGGAUGGAGUUUCAAAUGACAAAAGGAUGACGAGAAUGAAAAAUCAAGUAUUUAUUUCGUCAUGCUAAAUUUUUCAUUUAAGUCUCAACAAAUACUCUCAUAGCGUUUCUCUUGGGAUUUUGGAAUGAGUGGUUGAAAACACUUCAGUUGAUCGAAAGAAUAUUGAAAGAUUAACAGUUUGAGACUAGAUGUACUCGCAGCUUUGACGGUUUUUUAUUUUCUUAGCGCCAUCGGCACAUAUGUCGAAAUUUAUAUAUAUGUCUGUCAGUCUAAAUAACUUUCUAAUUCUCAAAAUGUUUAUCGAUGAUUUUGAUAUGAGAAUUUUUGCGAUUAGAUUUAUACGCUUAUUGAUUUUUAUUUUUUGUUUUUUAAAUGUUUUCGUGAACCAGGUAUAAAAAGAACCUGUUUAUCCACCACUAUUCCUUUGAUAGGGAUUUUUAAUAAGUAUUUUGCUGUGGGUGAUUAGAUUAUUUUGUAAACACUAUUUAUUACUUAAGUAAUUGUUUUGAUUAUUAUUAUUGUUGUUUCUGAACUGUACCUGGUUUUUGUUGAAAUUAAUACAAGUGGAUUGUUUGACUUGUAUUUUUUAACGAAUGAAUUAUACCUGAUUUUAUAUAUUUAAUUUGGUUUUUAGCUUAAACUAUUUCAAGUUGAUUAUUUCGACUUAGAUUGUUAAUGUAAUUACUAACUGAAUAUAUUAUAUGGGUGAAUUGUAGGCAUCCUGAGAAACACCCAAAAUAUAUCGGUAAUGCGCCUGCAUUGCAACCUCAGAGGUGUUGAGGAAAAACAAUAAACUUUUGUUUCGAAAAUACUAAAAGUGUUCAUAAAGGUUUUCAUUACAAAUACCUUUUCACAAAAGAGUUAUUUUAAUACAUUUCUUUUGUUUACAUCACUGUGCUCAAAAAAGACAGAUGUCGAUCAGGUGAUCUCAGCUGUGUAAAGUUCUUAGAACACAGCUGAUUCUUUUGAUACUUGCAGGUUUGGUGGCAUGGAGGACAGUUUCCAAAUACGGUUUUAGAGCUGGGUCCAAAAGGAUGAUAAAAUACUUUUUAAGACAAAUAUAUUUGCCUUCAAUAACUUAUUUUUGUUCAACAUUUUAUACAUUUUUCAUCUGAUUAUUAAACGCAUGUAUAGCUCGAUCAUUUCCCAAUUGAUUUUUUUAUGGUAUAGGUUCAACUUUUAGUUGGCAAUAAUUAUUGCCAAUGUUAUAAAUGGAUUUAUUUUUAUAGAUAGGCUAUUUCGAUUGUUGUGAUCGAUUUUACCAUGGAAUAAAAAAGAUGUAUAUCGCCAAGUAUUUAUGCUUUAGUUUGGAUAAUGUUUGCAAGAUUUGAGUGUUUGGGAUAAGUGCUACAUUUGUUAUUUGUUUAUUUAUAAAUUUAUAAAUCGCAUUUUGCUGUAAUGUUGUCAUUAUUACAAGAAAAGCGACCUUUAAAAAGAGCUCGUUUGGGACCACCAGAUGUAUAUCCUCAAGAAGCUAAGCAAAGAGAAGAUGAAUUAACGCCGACAAAUGUGAAACAUGGCUUUGCAACUACGCCUCCAUUGGCGGAUGAAUUUGGAACUGCUCAUAACUCAAAUAUGAAUGCAAGUAAAGUAGGAUCUUUUAUUAAUUCUAUUUUAUCUAAAAAGGAAGAGCUUAUGACCUUACAAGAUACUAUGAGAAAAAAACAACAAAUUAAUUGUAAAGAUAAUUUUUGGCCAGUAUCGCCCCGUACAAAAACUGCAUUGGAUGCUUGGUUCAAAGAUCUUGCAGGAAAUAAACCUCUAUUGAGUUUAGCUAAAAAAGCACCGUCAUUUAAUAAAAAGGAAGAAAUUUUAAUAGUUCUCUGUGAUAACCAAGUAAAUAUGCAACGUGCUGCAUGGUUUAUUAAAUUAAGUGCAGCCUACACAUUGAGCUUCACCGAAUCAAAAAAUAAAAAACGAAGUAUUUAUGAUCCUGCUGUAGAAUGGACUGGAAACAUAGUAAAAUUUAUGAGAGAACUUUUACCAAAACUUCACGAGUAUUUUCAACUUGGAACUGAUAAAAAUAUCCAGGGUUGUAACAAUGUUAGUUCGGGAAUAAAUUUAGGUCAUAUGAUAUCAGCUCCCUCUGUCAGUAGUCCUGUAACUGCUCAUAGUCCAUUGACCUCUACAAGUUGCCCCUCAUAUUCAACAAAUUCUUCAGCAAACCCAUCUGGAAGUAUACUGUGUUCUGGAUCAGGAUCACCUAUAUCUGGUAUUGGCAGCAACUUCGAGGAUUGCCGAAAUGCAUUGAAAUAUUGGAAAUACUGCACACGUCUUUGCAAGUAUAUGCACGAAGAAUCACUGCUUGAUCGACAAGAAUUCCUCAACUGGAUAUUGGAAUUAAUAGAAAAAAUGCGUUCACAAAUUUCAUUUGAUAUGUCUUUAAAAAAGUUAAUACUUGUUUUUGCUUUACAAUACAUGCCGGAUUUUGUUCAAUCAGAGCGAUUAAGUAGAAAAUUGGCAGUCCUGGCUGCAAAAAAUUUGGGUAUGCUUUUGGAACUGGGUUCAGGAAGUAUGGCCCCAACAAAACAUCAUGAGGUAAGCGCAGCAACCACGGAAGUCUCCAAUCCAGAGGAUAAAAAUACAAAAAAUAAUUUAGAAUUACCUUUAGGUGAUUGUAAGAAUUGCCCCCAUCACCGUGAUAUGGUAAUAUAUUUAAGUACUAUACUUCAAACCAUAACUUUAGAAUGUCCUACCGCUUUGAUAUGGAAUGGAAUCAAUGAAAGUCGAGCUCUAUCUUCAUUGUGUGGUAGUCCACUUGAUUUCAUUUCUGUUGUUCCUUCUCAACUUCCAAUGCCAUUUAAGUGCGAAAAUUCGAAUCAAAAUAUAAGGCGGCAAUUACAAAUCGCAGAAGCUGAAAUUGCAUUGAGGUCUAAACAUGCCGAAAAUCAUUGGUUUGCGGAAAAAUGGCGCAGUUCCAAAGUAAAUUGUUUUACCCACGUACUAGAUAUUCUCGACAAUUUGGACACCCACUGUUUUGAUCGCAGAGAUAAGGAUAAUAAUAUAGACUCGCUUUACACAAAAAUUUUUCCUAAUUAUGAUUUAAAAUACGAUGACGCUGAACAAAGACGUCAAAAAUAUACUUACAAUUCUGACAAAGACGCUGCCACUGUAAAAAUAUUAUGUGAAUGGGCGGUUUCUAAUCAAAGAUGGGGCGAACACCGUGCAAUAGCUGUUGCUAUAUUGCUAGAUAAACGACAAAUUGAAGUUACUUCAGUAGUAGAUAUCGAUCCUCAACAAAAUUCAAAUGCACCGGAUGAGAAAGAUUCUAUAAAUUCUGGAGUUGGAUUGAUUGGUGGACUUCCAGUAUUUCAAUCCGUUUUAAUGGAUUUUCUAGAUCGCGAUGCUCCAGUCCUGGAUGAAAAUAGUACAAUACAAAAUCGUACACAAUUUAUAAAUCUUGUGCAUCUUUUCAGCUCAUUAAUUCGUUAUGACGUAUUUUCUCAUAAUGCCUAUAUGCACACCUUGAUUUCACGUGGUGAUCUUUUAAGAGAAAACUGUGUCCCAGAAUUAGAGCACGUAAAUAGAAAUGAAGUUUAUUCGGUAUGUGGGUUAGAGUCGGUAGAUAACAAACCUUCUCCUUCUCAUAAUUUUGAGGAUGAAUUCAGUUCUGCAAUUGAUUUCAAACAUAGUGAGUUUGAUGAUUCAAACGUUGAUGAUGAUUUGGGGAAACUGUUACAAAAUAUUAAAGAAAAAGGACAGCAAAGUGCAUUAGAAACUCCAGAUAGUCCGAAAAUAGCUGAUAACUCGCACAUGACUUUGAAUGGAUAUCUCAUUUCACGUCACUACAUAUAUACCAAACAUUUCCCCAUACCUCAGGAGGAGGCAUGUGUAUCUUAUAGCAAUGAAUGUAAUCAGAGAUAUAUUUUACUAUUUGGCGUCGGAAAAGAACGUGAUGAAAAAAAGCACGCAGUUAAGAAAAUGUCUAAGGAAAUUUGUAAACUCUUCUCUAAAAAGUUCAGUAUUGACAUCGCCGAAGGUGGCAAAGUUAAGAAGCAUUCUCGAAAUGAAUUCAAUUUCGAAGCCACCACUAGCAAAUGCAAGAGUAUGUCGUAUUUUGAACAACAUGUAGUUACAUCUCAGUGUGCUAUUAUUGUUUUGGAACAACUCAAUGGCUUUGCAACCUGUAGUAAUAAUUAUUUGCCAGUUCAAGAACACGUUGCGUUUUUGUUUGAUCUGAUGGAAAUGGCUUUGAAUAUACAUAGCUUGCUAGAUUUCUGUGAUCACAUUUUAAAGGAAUUGCCAGAGAUUGAAAAUCAAUUACAAGCUAAGAAGUCUAUUUUGGUUCGAAUAUAUACAACUUCUUUAGCUCUUUAUAUCGUUGGCAUACUACGUAGAUAUCAUUCAUGCCUUUUGCUGAGCACAGAAGAAACUUUAUCAGUAUUCGAAGGGUUGUGCAAAACAAUUAAACACGUAAACAAUCCAAAAGAAUGCAGCUCAGCAGAACGUUGUAUACUCGCGUAUUUGUCCGAUUUGUAUGAAAUGUGCGAUUUACUUAAAUCUGAUGAGAAUGAGACGGAGUAUUUUUCAUUAAUUGGAAUAAUGAAAGCGUUUAAAGACAUCUACAAUUCACCAGAACAAUUAAGUGCCGCACCGCAGUUAUAUAAUCCGAACUUUUUACAAGAAUUGUUUAUUUCUCCUAAACGUGCCGGUAGAAUUGAAUAUCAUUGCAUUCGUCAAUUGCAAGAGUCCACAGCCAAUGUUUAUAGUUUUGUAUCGAACGCUAUUUUGGCUGUUUGUCACGCAACUGAUAACGAUCAUUUAAACGAAAUCGCCAUUUCAUGUGCAGAGUUAACGGCUUCGUGUAACAGUCUUUCUGAAGAAUGGAUAGCUGCGCUGCAAAGUAUUUGCAACGCCUCGAAAAAACUUCGAUAUCCCCAUCUUUUUGAACAAGUGGACAUACAUGAUAACAAAAUUCACAACUCGUUAGCUGUUUUCAUUUGCAUUUUGGUAGCAAGGCACUGUUUUUCAUUGGCUGAUUUUGUGCUUAAAUUCGCACUACCAACCUUAGCAUAUGCAUAUCCAGUAGGCGGUGAAUUUACCACUGAUGCUGAAGCUGGCGCUCGUCUUACCUGCCAUUUAGUCUUGAAAUUAUUUAAAACAAUUGAAAUACCGCAACCAAGAAUGUAUUCUGUGAGCACUUCUCCGAAUCCUGUAAACGUUAUUGAAGAUUCUUUCAACAUAAAGUUAAGCUGCGAUCGUCACUUAUUAGUGGGUGCACACAAAAAUAUACCAAUACAAGCUGUUUUGGCUGUCAUAAAGGCAAUAUUAAUUGUUGUUGAUCUAAAAACACCAACUAUAGCAAGCAAUAACUCUGUUGCUAUAAGUAGUGGCAAGCGAAGUGGUGUUAAUACACCUGUGCAUCCAGGGAGUACUCCGAAAAAUAUGGACAGACCCGCCGAUUUGAGCCAAAUACUUGGUACUAGUGAUUUGUCAAAUGUUAGUAAUGGCACUGAUCAAGAUGUCAAUAAACCAAAUUCUGGAAAUAGUAGUAUAAAAUCUUUGGAGCAGGUAUCUUUACUUGAAUUUGCGAAUCAUGUUUUGAAACAAAUAUGUUCACAAGAACAUGUAUUAGAACGCUGUUUGAAACAUGCUGAUAAUUUAUGUGAAAUGAUAAUAGACGAUAUGCUCACUACAAAACAAGUUCAGCGAGUAUUAUAUAUGAUUUGUUAUCCGGAAGCUGAGUAUAAUAUAAUUUCCGAAAUGGAUCAGAGAUCAAUGAUUAUUCGAAUUUUGGAAAAUCUAGAACAGUGGACUCUUCGAAUAUCAUGGUUAGAUUUGGAAUUAAUGCACCGUCAAAUUAUGAACAACCAAACUGAACUUAAUAAUUGGUUAGACACCGUUGCCAAAGCUGCAAUUGCCGUUUUUCAGAAAGAUGCCCUAUCUUCUGAAUCAAAAGAAGUAUAUAGUGAAAACCAAUCUACGUGGUUAAUAGUUCCCCUAAUUUCAAAACUCACACCAGCAGUGAAAGGGCGAAUUUUACGCGUCGCGGGGCGAGCACUCGAGAGUAUGAAUUUUUGUGCAAAAAUACCGAAAUCUGAUAAUGGUAAUAACAAUGGAGAAGAAAGAGAACGAAGUAGUACCUCUGUUAAUUACUCUCUAAGCGGAUUCAACAACUCUACUGGUUUUAAAAAGUUCUCGUUAAACUAUCAACCUUUCUUAGGAUUAAUUCUUUCCUGUUUAAAUGGUCAGGACGAAUACAAAGAAAGUCUUUUGAGCUCUUUAUACUCGCAACUUUCUCAUUGCUUGCAGUCAUUUACUGAGUAUGAUUCUUCGAAUGGAAUUAAUGAUCUUCUAGACCGAGAAGAAAUUUUAGAUGCGCUUCAAUUACGUUUUUCCCUGGUAGGUGGGAUGUUUGAAACAAUACAAAAAAAUGGAAAUUCUACUACGGAGUGGGCCAUAUUACUGGCGCAGCUGGUCUGCCAAGGAGUAAUUGAUGCAAGUUCAAAUCGAGAACUCUUUACUACAGUAGUGGAUAUGUUAGUUACGUUGGUUCACUCGACAUUAUUAACAGAGAAUCAUUCUGAACGAGAUGAAAAUAAAAAACUGUACCUUAACCUAAUGAAAAAGUUAAAAAAAGAAAUUGGUGAAAAAAAUAAUGCUUCGAUAAAAGUUAUUCGCCAGUUACUGCCACUUUACAAGCAGACAACCGAGGUUAUAUCAUGUGAGCCGGCCGGUAUCGAUAUGAAAGGAAACAAAAUAUGUGAUAUGGACAAGAAACAACUUCGUAUUUCAGACAAGCAACGUAUAAGUGUUUGGGAUAUAUUGGAAGGUCAUAAGAAUCCAGCGCCCUUAUCAUGGGUCUGGUUUGGUGCAGUCAAAUCUGAAAGAAAAAGCUUAGCAUAUGAAGAAACACAUCGCAGUCUUAAAUAUCACGCCCAUAGUUUAGUUAAACCCAUUAGUUAUUUUUAUGAAUCCUUGCCGCUGCCUCCAGAAGACAUAGAUCCCGUGCCGGAAAAGAUCUGCAUUAAAGACGAGAUGAAGCCAGAUACUCCUUCAUCAAUUGAUCAAUCACCUAGUGCAGUUACCACUGGGAGAACACGAGGAAAGGGAACCACUCGUAAGCGUAAGCCGAAAGUUUCGAAAACUUCUCCCACAAAUAUCCCAACGCAUACCCAGGUGGUUCCGCAAUCGCAUCAACCUCAAGUUCAAUCACAGACACCGCAACAAAUGAACCCGCAAGGUCAAAUGAAUCACCUGCAAAUGAAUACACAGGCUACUGUUCCACAAUUUAAUUCUAAUCAACUCCUUCAACAAAAUUCUGCUAUAAUGAUGCAACAACAAAUGCAAGGUAAUCUACAGCAGCUUAGCACUGCACAAAAUACACAAAUAGGUUUUAUGGGAAACGUGCCCCAGGGAGUAACACAAUUAACUGGUCAAAAUCAACAACAAUGGAUAGGACAAAAUCAAUACCACCAGAUGCAGCAACAACCACAAUUUUAUCCUCAUCAAGCAAAUCGUUUUGAGCGCCCGCAACAUAAUCAAUCCAAGCAGGCUUUGUGCAAUAUGCUUCGGCAGCGUCAGCCUAAUUUUAAUCAAAAUAAUUCAUCAUCAUUUAACGCUCUUCAGCAGCAUCAACAAAUACGACAGACACAAGGACUACAAACGCAAGGCGCUGUUAGUUCCGUCCAACAACAAUUCGUUAGAGGAGGAAUGCGAGGAAUAACAUCAAAUCAGAACCAGCUAACAAGCACUAUUGGUAAUAUAUCUCAAGGAUUAAAUCCAAACGGAAUCCUGGCUGCGCAGCAGGGCGGCCAGAAUGUAAACUCACAAGCUAGUAAUCAAACAAUGCCAAUGACCCCAAAUACAGGUAUCAUAAAUACGUCAUCAAAUAAUCAAAACAGCUUGAUGAAUGUUCAAUCUGCAUCUGGAUUGGUAGGGUCAGGAAAUGUUUUGCAGCAAAAUAUUAACAUAGGUGCUGGAAAUUCGAAUCAAAACAUCAUUAAUCAACCAACGAAUCCAUUUCAUAAUUUUAAUCAGUAUCAGCAAUCUGGAAUUAUGAAUAGUGGCGGAAGUAGCCAGGUUCCACCCUCUAACAUUGUAGGCUCCUACAAUCAAAUGAGCCAAAGGAGCGGUUCUUCAGAUUAUCUUCAACAACGCGGAACUAACCCUGUAACUAAUAAUCGUGGUCAGUUUGUCAAUCCGACUCCCAAUGUAACCAUGGGAAAUAUUAUAGGACAGAAUACUAUACAGCCUUUUUCAAGGCAACAAUGUGCAGGUGGAAAACCGAGUGUAGUUUCGACACAGCAGCAAUUUCAACAGCAGAGAUUACAUCAUCAAAUGAUGCAAAUUCAAGGUGGAAUGGUGCAAUCUCAGAAUCAAACUAUAAACCAGCAACAAACUCCAAAUUUAGUCGCUCAACUUCAAAGACAAUUACCGAAUCAACAAAAUAUGAAUGUGCAACAAUAUCAACAUCACCAAGCUCCAUAUUAAAAUAGUAAUAAAUUAAAUAUCGAAAAGUACUGUAUAACAAACAUAUAUAAUAUAUUUAUGUAACUUAAUUUUUCAGCUAUCAGUGAACAUUGCAAGUUUUCCAUAACUCACUUCAUUUUAAAUUGCGAAAAAUUGUGUGAUUUUUUAAUACACAAAUAUUUGUAUUAUAAA